CAACACUCGCGACGAACCAACCAAUCCUAUAAAACAAUUAUGCAAACGAUUCUUCGUUCUAUGCUGCUGAUCAUGUGGCUGAGCGCCUACGCAGUCGAAGCCACGAUCCCAGUGUGCCUUACGAAUUGCGUGCAGUGCAAGCAAAUGUUCGGCCGUUACUUUCAAGGCCGAGCGUGCGGUGAGGCCUGUAUCUCAUCCAACGGCCGCGACAUGCCGGACUGCAACAAUCCCGGUACUCUGGGGAAUUAUCUGAAGCGAUUGUACUGAUCGCAUCAAUUUCCUUCUUCACUUCAUCUAUAGUGUAGUAUAAAAUAAAGGAAUGUAAUAGAAGCCAUACAUUUAUUUAUCAAAAUCACACAAUCCCUGUGUCGCUAACAAGAUUAUGCCAUUAUAUCUCUUGCACCGAUUUGCUUCUAGUGAUAUAUUCUGUAACAAAUUA